AUGGUGUCUGCCUCCGCGCACAAUGAGGCGCUCCAAACUUGUGCUUUCGCGAAGCGACCCGCCAAGGGGCACUUCGUUCACACGUCUGCCGAGCAACGAGGCAACGCGCAAUCUAACCACAACAGCAAGGCUACCUCUGCGUCUACCUCCUGCCGAAUGGGGAAGAGAGUGUGAACCGCCUGGUCCGCGCCUUGGUAGGUGUGGUCCGCGUAAGAGGAGCGUUCCGCGGUUUCGUGUGUGAGAGUGGCCGGCGGUGUGAGAGGAGCGGCGACAACACUCGCAAGGGGUGCCCUCCCUGACAAGGGCCGUUUCUUUUUUGGUCGAACACACAAGCGCUUGGGGCUGGGUUACCUCGCGAAGAGGGGCGUGGACCCUGGGGCCGGCGCGUUCGCGAUGCUGCUGUCGCUUUGAUUCGACAUGGGCUCCACAGGGGAACCAAGCGAUUCUGAAGCCGGCGCUCUCCCGCCGGCAGUCGUACCUCGCCUCGUACCCCGAGGCCCAAACCGCUCGACGAGGCGUUCGACUACAGCAGCGGGAGGCGAGGCCGUGAUGCGGCGAGGUCGUUUUAAGGGACUACCGCAGAUCCGCUGGACCUGGAUAGCUCGCUGGAUUCGGCACACGCGAGUGGC